CAAGGUCAAUCGAUGGACCUUCUUCUCUUCUGAGAUGGACGACACAAUUCAUGCAGCCGAGCUUGGAGGGCUCCUCAUGCCUGGUGAACGCUUCCGCGAUCUGUUUGACACACCAUCAGAUGGCGGCGUCUGGUGGCUCGACAUGGUCAACCCAACAGAAGAGGAAGUGUUUGCCAUUUCAAAGGCAUUUGGAGUACAUCCCCUUACUCGUGAGGAUAUCUGCAUCCAGGAGCCACGCGAGAAGGUGGAGCUGUUCCACCAGUACUACUUUGUCUCGUUCCGUUCGUUUUUCCAAGCCGACAAAGAAUCUGAGGAAUACCUAGAGCCCGUCAACUUCUACGCGGUAGUGUUCAAAGAGGGCAUUCUGACCUUUACCUUUUGCGAAAGCCCCCACACUCUCAACGUUCGCAAGCGUAUUAGUCGGCUCCGUGACUACAUCAACCUCAACGCCGACUGGAUCUGCUACGCCCUUAUCGACGACAUUGUGGACAGCUUCGCUCCUGUGAUCCGAAGCAUCGAAGACGAAGCUGACGCGAUUGAGGACCAAGUGUUUAUUGCCCGGAUUGAGGACUCACGUGAGAUUCUUCGGUCAGUUGGCGACUGCCGCAAGCGUGUGAUGCAGCUGCUGCGUCUGUUGGGAGGCAAGGCAGAUGUCAUCAAGGGCUUCGCUAAGCGUUGCAACGAAUCUUACAGUGUGGCGCCCCGCGGUGAUGUGGGCAUCUAUCUCAGCGAUAUCCAGGAUCACGUCGUCACAAUGAUGUCCAACUUGGCUCACUUUGAGGAAAUGCUCAGCCGCGCGCACUCCAACUACCUCGCUCAGAUCUCUGUUGACCAGGUCAUCCAGGGUAACGAUAGCAACGCUACCCUGCAGAAGGUGACUGUGAUUGCAACGAUUCUGGUUCCGCUCAACCUGAUCUGCGGUCUGUUCGGCAUGAACGUCAAGGUCCCAGGCCAAGACGGAAGCCUGGCCUGGUUCUUCAGCAUCAUUGGGGUCAUUUGCCUCUUUAUUUCGGUAUGCCUGCUUGUGGCGAGGAGGAUGCGAUACAUCUAGUUGCGCGGUUUCCUACUUGUUCCCAGCCGGCUUUCAACUGGGCACGUACACUCUUUGUCUGUUUUUCUGUUUUUUGCUUUGCGCUUUCCUUCAGUAUACGACGUGACGAGAGCGGUGGAGUAAUGAUGGGGUUUUGUCAAUAAGCUGGGUUUCUGCAUACACAUACAUACAUGGCAUGAGGUGGUCAUUCUGGGAUUAUGUCCGACAGUAACUAGGUUUAGCGAUGGGAGUAUAUAAGUGGCUAGGAGGGAAAAAAAGAAAAAGAAGAAGAGAUUUGCUU